AUGGGUCAUAAUCGAAAGUUAUUGCUGUUCAAGUUCAUAUUAUUGAUCGUGGCCCCAACAGUGUUGUCAUUUGAGUCCGGGACCCGUUUAAAUGGACGUAGUUUCUCAGGCGACAACAGCCUCACGCGUACGGUCCAUCGUAUAGUAAGCCACUGCCUUGACCGCAACAAUGUUGUGUGGUGCUUCAAGUUACAAGGUGCUCGCCUGCUGGGGCGAGCUUUAAAAUUUCAAAAUAUCAACAUCGUCGACGGCGUGAGUUUAGUGAAGAAGGUGGAUAACGAGACUCGUAACGGGCGCGCUAGCGCAAAUGAUAUAAAUUUAACAAAUCGUGAUUUGGAAAACCUAUCCAUGAAAAGUUUGGAUUCUCUUUUGCUUGAACGCUUCUGCAGUUUCCUGCGUUCUCGGCAGCUGCAAGUAAAUAUGCCGCGUCUCUUAGCCUUCGGUAAGCGUAACGGGCAAGAGUUGCUGCAAUCGGUCAUGGAUUUUGUUUCACCCAACGUCGACAGUGAAAAGCGAAUUAAUGACACUGGCGAAGGACGCAAGAAGAAAGGUGACGAUAAAAAAUAUUUAGGCCCUUUUAUAGCAGCCGUGUUGCUGAAAACAGCAAUAUUGAAAAUGGCUUACCAUUCGAUAGCCAUAGUGGCUGGCAAAGCUCUAAUAGUGGGUAAAAUAGCUUUAAUAAUUAGCGCCAUAAUUGGCUUGAAGAAGCUGGUGUCUUCUGAUGGCGGUGAAAAGACCACAUACGAGAUUGUCAAACAUCCUCAGGUGUCGCAAAGUCACACUUACUCUUCAAGUCAUACGGGCGAAUAUGAAGGAGGACAUGAGAGUGGAUCUUAUCAUCGCAGUAUGGACGAUGAAAUGGCGAUGCAAGAUAAGGCCUACAAUGCCUGGGUACCUACGCAUAGUACAUAA